AUGUCGUCUGAAGUUAAAGCCUCUAAGAACUGCAAGGAAUGCGAUAUUCUAUUGUGGAAGAACCCAGUUGAAACGGGUAAAAUUUUCGGUGGAGCGCUCAUUGCGUUGUUAAUCGUGAAGAAGGUUGACUUGGUGUCUUUGUUCUUGAAGCUUUUGUACACUGUGUUGUUCGCCAGUGCCUCAGUUGAAUUUUUGAGCAAAUUAGUCUUGAAUAAGGGUUUGGUGACCACUUAUGGGUUGAAGGAGUGUCCUAAUGUGGCUGGUACUAUCAAGCCAUACGUUGACGAGGCUUUGAAGCAAUUGCCAGUUUACCAAGCUAAGUUCAGACAAUUGUUGUUUGCCUCUUCUCCACAACGUUCGUUCAAGGCUGCCGGUGUGGUUUACGCUUCCCAAAAGUUGAUCUCUUUGAUGUCCCUAUGGACCAUCGCUUUGAUCGCUACCAUCGGUACCUUCACUGUCCCAAUCAUCUACCAAACCUACCAAAAGGAAAUCGACCAAGCCGUUGACCAAGCCGUCACUGUUACCAAGGCCAAGUCUGCCGAAUACCAAAAGUUGGUCCAAGAAAAGGCUACUCCAUACGUUAAGCAAUUGGAUGAGAAGUUGGCCCCAGUUACCGGGUUUGUCAAAUCCAAGAUCCCACAAUCAAGAACUACUCCAGAAUCUACCACUGCUAAGUUGGCUGCUGAAGUUCCUCUAGAACCAACUCCAUCCGCUUCCGCUACUACUUCCGGUGCUUCCUUCCCAUCUGUCCCAAAGACUGACCUAAAGCAAUCCGUACAAGAAGUUAGUGACAAGAUUGACGAUAUCUCUGCUGACUCACUAAAGCAAGAAAUUGAAAACCACAAGGCUACUCCUGCCAUUUAA